CUUCAUAACAAACGUUGGAAAGUGUCGAAAAACCAUUCACUUCCCCAUACAGCAGCUAGUGUACAUGGAGCGAAGGAAUGGUGGGUAUAAAAUAAAAUGUACUAACCUAAAUUCACAUUUAUGAAGAGUUUCCGCCGAACUUGCAGCGCUAAAGCAUGGAGGACAUGGAGGAAGAUAGUUAUGGUUUAAAUGACGACCACAACCAUAACUGCUAUGAAAACAGUGCAAGUGGACAAGUCCACUGUCGUAGAACCGGGCUGUCAGAUGUACCCCAGCGCCUAACAUUUUCGCCGGUUCUGCACAGACGAGAUGUAACCACGCAAGGGAACCACAUAAGUUGUUCCAACAGCGGUCUAAAGUUCAUGGAUUCAGACUCGAGCAGCGUGAGUAGUGACACCAGUGAGACCGAGAGCCCGUUGUCGAGUUCCAUCGCAGGGAAAUUGACCCUGAACUCGGCCUCGAAGUUCCUAAUGAAUGUAAUGACGGAAGAGGACUAUAGAACUACAUACUGGCCCAACCUGGAGAAAGCUAUUGACCACUUGCUGAUUCAAAACCCCAUGGACCACAUCUCAAUUUCAUAUGAGCAGAUCUACAGUUAUGUGUAUAAGUGUGUUUGUCAGCAGCACUCUGACCUGCUGUACAAGGACUUGAUGCUGAAGAUAACUACCCAUCUUCAACAAGUCUCAUCUGAUUUAGAUAUCAGUCCACCAGAGAAUUUCAUUGAGAACUUCAACAUUGCUCUAACUCGGUACAUAGAUGCCCUUCAAUGCAUAGUGCCUGUAUUCAUCUACAUGAAUAAGUUCUACAUUGAGACAAAGCUAAACCGAGACUUGCGGGAAGAUCUCAUGAAGCUAUUUACUGACAACGUCGCAGGAAAUCAUGUGAACCUGUUAAUAUCUCUUCUUAUUGAAGCCCAUUCCAAGCCUUUUCAAGUUAGACCUUCAACAAUGGCCAGUGUGGUGAAAGGCCUGUAUACUCUUAAACCGGAUUGGGCACAUUUAGCCCCAGCUCUGUUCUCUGGGUUCAUUCCUCAAAUAAACCCCCCGACUGUGGAAUCCCAGCUCUCUGACUAUGCUGCUCGUGACCAGAAACUACAAAUGGAACUCUCUCUGAAUGGCUUUCCAAGAGGUGACCAGUCUCGUAAGAGAGCCAGCGAGGAGUCUGCAUAGAAUGCUUGGACGUUAAGUUACAGGUCUCAACCUUAAUUCACAAAACAGUGAAUGACUAAGAUUUUCCAGUGCUGAGUGGAGUGGGUGAGCAUAAGCAUGGGUGGUGUUUUUUUUUUUGUAACCAUAGGAGUCGUUGUGGGCACUGAUUUCUUUGCCUCUUCUGAAAAGCACAGUGAAUUCAUAAUGGUGCAUACUGGUUCUUUCAGCUUUUGGUAAUGAAUCCUUCUCCAUUAUUGUAUAGGUCUAUAUGAUUUGAAUGGGUUUGUUCUUAUUUCCUCCAUCAAAGUGUGCCUUCUGCUCUGAUUCAUUGGAACAUUCAGGAUACCUAUCAGAUGCCAUUUACCAGGUGGAUAGCUGUGCCCUUUUCGACCACGUGUACUGUGUCCACCAUGGGCCGUGUUCAUUAGGUUGUGUUGCGAAUAAAAACAACAACAAAACAUUUUGAAAUACAUUGGAAAAGGGGGGUUUCUUAUUGGACAGAUCCAGGUAUGCCCUCCCUAUUUCAGUCUGUUUUUUCUGUUUGGGUCGUAAUGAACAUGAUCCUGAUCUCGAUUUGGUCUGAUAACUGACUUUCUUCUGCUGCUGCACAAUCUGUUCUGCUAAACACUUGAUUUAUAUUUGUCUGGUCUGUGUAAAUAAUAUUGACAGUACUCUACUAAUGAUUGAUAGGAAAUACUUUUGUCACAUUGUAGCAGUUAGGCCUCUCUUAAUUCUCUCCAGUGAUUUUUAACCUAAAAGAAGUUAUCUUACUCUCAGAAAUCUCGGCACACGAAACCAAAUGUCCCAUUUCUUGAUUAUACACUUCAAAAUGGAAUCCAUAAAAGGACAAAAGAGUCGCACUAUCUGCUGCACCAGUGCUACUGUUUUGUUGGUAAGACUAAGCAAGGCCCAAAAUGCCGUAUGGCUGCUCCGCUGUCAAGUGUUUGAUGAUGUUUGCGGUCAAAAUAAACAUUGUUUGUUUGCCAUAACCUCUUUGUUGUUUUGAUAUCGCAAAUGGCCAUGCCAGUUUCGCCAUUAAGGCUUUCCAAUUUAAAUGUUUCCAUUUCCUAUUGACAUCAGAACGUUUCGACAGCAGUUCAUUCCAUUUAGGUAGGCACUGGAUUCUAGUGCAAUGUUUGGUCCAAAUUAAACAAGCCUUUGGAGAUCCAAUGGUUUAUCUGGAAGGUCUUUAAGAAAUGUCUGGUGGGACAAAUGCUUUCAUAAGGAGUGUAACUAGCAAACAAUGCUUGUUCUGUUACAAUUGGACUUCAGCAUGUUCAAACGUUAUUAUACCAAACAUUGGAGUAUGUGAAUUAUGGAAAUUAAAGAACUUCCUUUUUUCUAACAACAUUUUAGGUUUAAUUGCAUUGUUGUCGAAACCUGAUUGUAUUUUACAACCAUGCCAAAGAUUAUAGCCCUUUUUUUUUAAAUGGAAAAUUGCAUUGUGAUUCCAUAUAUGAUAGUUAAUCUGCCCACGUUGCUACUGUAGCUGCAAUAUUCUAUCAAUUGUACCAAGUCGCAGAGCCAAUUAAUUAGCAUCAAUGAUUACAAAAAUAGUAUAUGUAUUUGGUUACAAUAAUGAUGUCAGAUGAUUUGGGCAGAGGUUGAAUAAUACCAGUGUUCUUUACAGUCUCUCUGAUGAUGUAAACAGAUUCACAGGUGGGUUGUAAUGAUUGAUGUAUACAGUUUACGGAUACAUCUCUUUGCACUGUUUUAGGUGUAAUGUAAUAUUUGGGAUUGGUUGUGAAAGUUUUCCUUUGAGGAAGUGAAGAUGGCACACUCAUUGUCUUAUGUACAGUUCAAUAAACAAAUCUUUCAAAGGA